ACAACAAGCGCGGCGGCAAACAAUGUGUUCUGCGUUUCUGCUGGUGUUGUGGGCUGCUGACUAGUGUAUUCAUGCCUACUGUAUUUCGUUUGUAAAUUAGUGCAUUUUGCAUGGGCGCAUAAUGCGGAAAGGGUCAAUUGUUAAGAAAUAAAGAUUGGGAGACGACAGGAACCCUCUACAUACUGAUAUACGUAAUCAAAGGCACCUGUGAACUUCAUGAUGGUGUGCCGGUAUCUUCAGAUGGGCAAGCGCCUAGAAAGGAGCCUGCUAAGGACGUUACAACAUUCGAGGAUGACACGAUCCGAGAUACGAAGCAAUCUGCACUUGAUGAGAUCCCUACCUGUGCCUUUGCCGCCACUUCAUGUUCUGCUGGCACAAUUACAACAGCUUUGUGAAAAGCCUCCUAAAGGAUUUGAGAAAUAUUUCCCAGGAUCAAAGAAAUCUGAAUCUGAAGAGGGGUCUAAACAAGCCGGAGAUAAACCUUCUGAAGCACCAAAAGAUGCACCUUCUCGGAGUGCACAGCCUAAGGGAGCACCGUCUUCAAAACCACCGCAGUGGAAUUUCAGUUUUGGUGGACAGGGGAACAGGAGCAGCCGCAAUCCGUUCAACCCAGAUGACCAAAAUCGGAUGGUGACUGUUGCUCUUGUGACAACCCUUGGCAUCUUAGGUCUUCUCGCAUUUAAUGAAAUGCGCUACAAGGAGAUUACUUGGAAAGAGUUUGUUAACUCGUACUUGGCAAGGGGAAUUAUUGAGAAGUUGGAAGUCAUCAAUAAAAAGUGGGUGAGGGUUAGAUUGCUUCCGGGAAAUCAGAUUGAUGGCAAUAAUGUCUUGUGGUUCAACAUUGGCAGUGUUGAUACCUUUGAGCGAAAUUUGGAGAAUGUGCAGUUGGAGUUCAACAUUGAGCCUCCAAAUUUUGUUCCUGUAAUUUACAAGAAUGAAAUGGAUGGGUCAAGUGUAAUCAGCCUCCUACCAACCCUUCUGUUGUUUGGAUUCCUGUUCUGGACAAUGAGACGGUCAGCUGGUUUUAUGGGAGGUGGUGGAGCCAGGCGUGGUGGUGGCAUCUUUGGCAUGGGAGAAACGACUGCAAAACUCAUCAAUCCCAGUGAUAUUGGAGUUAAAUUCAAGGAUGUCGCUGGAUGCGAGGAAGCCAAAGUAGAAAUUAUGGAAUUUGUUAAUUUCUUGAAAAAUCCCCAACAGUACAUGGAGUUAGGAGCCAAGAUUCCAAAGGGUGCUAUACUAACUGGCCCACCUGGAACAGGAAAAACACUUCUCGCGAAAGCUACUGCAGGGGAAGCAAAUGUCCCAUUCAUUACUGUAUCAGGCUCAGAGUUCCUUGAAAUGUUUGUUGGAGUUGGUCCAUCAAGGGUGCGCGACAUGUUCUCUAUGGCACGAAAAAAUGCACCUUGUAUACUCUUUAUCGACGAAAUUGAUGCUGUGGGCCGCAAACGUGGCGGACGCAGCUUUGGAGGCCACAGUGAACAAGAAAACACAUUGAACCAGCUUCUUGUUGAAAUGGAUGGAUUCAACACAACCACUAAUGUUGUAGUGUUGGCUGCAACAAACAGAGUGGAUAUUCUGGAUCAUGCUCUCUUGAGACCUGGCCGCUUUGACAGACAGAUUUUUGUACCUGCCCCAGAUAUAAAAGGCCGGGCAUCUAUAUUUAAGGUGCACUUGAAACCACUAAAAACUGUACUUGACAAAGCAAACUUGGCCAGGAAGAUGGCAGCCCUGACGCCUGGUUUCACAGGAGCUGACAUUGCGAAUGUGUGUAAUGAAGCUGCUCUUAUUGCUGCAAGAGAUCUCAAUGACAGCAUCAAUAUGAAGCACUUUGAGCAGGCCAUUGAACGUGUAGUUGCUGGUAUGGAGAAAAAGACUAAUGUCCUUCAACCAGAAGAAAAGAAAACAGUAGCUUACCAUGAGGCAGGCCAUGCUGUUGCUGGUUGGUUCCUGGAACACGCAGAUCCUUUAUUGAAAGUAUCUAUAAUCCCACGUGGAAAGGGUCUGGGCUAUGCACAGUACCUGCCUAAAGAGCAGUACCUGUACACCACUGAACAGCUGUUUGAUCGAAUGUGUAUGACAUUGGGAGGAAGAGUGUCUGAGCAGAUAUUCUUUGGACGGAUUACCACAGGAGCACAGGAUGAUCUUAAAAAGGUCACACAAAGCGCUUAUGCACAGGUUGUACAGUUUGGCAUGAAUGAGAAAGUAGGCAACCUCAGUUUUGACAUGCCACAGCCAGGUGAGAUGGUGCUUGACAAACCAUACAGUGAGGAGACUUCCCAACUAAUUGAUUCUGAAGUGCGGAAGAUGGUCCAAAAAGCUUAUGACCGCACCAUGGAACUUCUCACAAAACACAAGGGCAAUGUUGAAAAGAUUGCAAAACGGUUGCUUGAAAAGGAAAUCCUGAGUCGUGAUGACAUGGUGGAACUGCUAGGAAAGAGGCCAUUCAAAGAGAAAUCUACGUAUGAGGAGUUCGUUGAGGGAACAGGAUCGUUCGAAGAAGACACAACACUUCCCAAGGGCCUAGAGUCAUGGAACAGAGGUCCAGAGGAAGAACUGAAAGAUUCGAAACCACCAAGCAAGGAGCAAAAGUCAGCAAGCACACCUCCUCCUCGAUGAACUUGUGCUGCUGCCUUUGGGAGAUAGUACUUGCAAAUCUUUAGUUACUUUCAGAGAAUUUUUUGGUUCAGUUUUAGGUAGAAUGUUGCUGUAAAAAAUGUUGAUUAUCACAUCGACAUGCAAGGUCGAUUGUAAGAAACAAGCAGAAUGCAGAGUAAACUUAGUUUAUCAGAGAGUGUGAACAUGCAUGGUUUUCCACUGCUAGGCAUCUUUCAUUGCAUAAUUUGGCUGUGGUAGUGGAUGAAUAAAGAGUUUUAUGUAUACA